CCCAUCCCCUUCCAAUUGUCGCUAACUGUCUUUUCUUCUUGUCCUUGUUUUCGUCUACGUCAGUGCGAAAACAUUUGUCUCUGAUAUAACUUUUCCAAAAACAACAGAAAGAUAAGUAGAAAGGCAUUUUCGAGCUCUCUUGCAUGGCUUCCCUAGAUUCUCAUGUGUUGAUGAAGAUCGUGAGCUUCUUUUUAUAUACUCUUUUAGUCACUUCCGUUAGCUCGGAAACGAAGUGCCUGAACUUCCAGUCAAUCAUCAGUUUCGGAGAUUCAAUUACCGAUACAGGAAACUUGAUUGCUCUCUCUACUCCAAAUGAACUUCCUGAAUCCGCGUUUCUGCCUUACGGAGAAACCUUCUUCCACCAUCCAACCGGCCGUUACUCCGACGGCCGCCUCAUCAUCGACUUCAUUGCUGAGGUCUUAGGGCUUCCACAUGUGCCUCCUUUUUAUGGAUCUAAAAAUGGAAACUUUGAGAAAGGAGUUAACUUCGCUGUGGGAGGAGCAACGGCACUGGAAUGCUCCGUUCUUGAGGAGAGAGGGAUUAGUUGUCCUCCUAAAAACAAAAGUUUAGGAGUUCAGCUUACGAACUUCAAAGAGAGUUUACGAAGCCUAUGUGGCUCGCCAUCAGAUUGUAUAGAUAUGAUUGGAAAUGCUUUGAUUCUUAUUGGAGAGAUUGGAGGGAAUGAUUAUAAUUAUCCCUUCUUCGGCCACAAAAACAUUGAGGAAGUCAAAGAACUCGUUCCCCUUGUGAUCUCUACUAUUUCUUCAACAAUCACGGAGUUAGUCGAUAUGGGAGGAAAAACAUUUCUAGUUCCCGGAGAUUUCCCGCUCGGAUGCUCAGUAAUCUAUUUGACACUAUAUCAAACAUCAAACAAGGAAGCGUACGAUCCCCAAACCGGAUGUUUGACAUGGUUGAACGAGUUUUCAGAAUACCACAAUGAGCAGCUUCAGGCUGAACUCAAUAGACUCAGGAAGCUUUAUCCUUAUGUCAACAUCAUUUACGGUGACUAUUACAACGCUUUGUUACGCCUUAUCCAAGAACCAGCCAAAUUCGGGCUCAUGAACAACCCCUUGCCCGUUUGUUGCGGUUUAGGAGGACGGUACAACUACACCUUUGGCGUAAAAUGUGGUUUAAAAGGAGUUGAAUGUUGUAAUGAUCCUUCCAAGUAUGUGAAUUGGGAUGGCAUCCAUAUGACUGAGGCUGCAUACAAAUGGAUAGCUGAGGGUUUACUCAAAGGACCGUAUGCUACUCCUCCUUUCGAUUGGUCUUGCCUCAGCUCCGAGAUCAAGGACAAGGAGUCAUUAGACACAGAAUUAUUCGAUGAACAACUGAAACAAGCUGGUCCGAAAAUUUAAGAGACAACGAGAGAUAAUAAGAAAAACUAUAUCAUGUACAACUUAAAAGUGCUUGUGUUGGAUCCUAUAUUUGUAUUAUACGCGUGUUGUUGCUGUAGCCUGUAUUUGAAUUACAUAUUGUGUUGCUGUUUGAGAGACGUGGUUCUCAAGUAAUAGUACUGAAAAUCAUGUUAUAUUGCUAAUAAUAUUUAUUUUAGAAAAUUUCA